AUGGGAAGGGGUGUGAGUGUGUGUGUGUGUGUGUGAGAGAGAGAGAGAGAGAGAGAGAGAGAGAGAGAGAGAGAGAGAGAAAGAGAGAGAGAGAGUAUGUGUAGGUUCCUUGCUGCUUUCAAGGAUUCGAAGAUGAACUCCUGUAGCACUUUCCCAGGAACACUGUAUAUUUACGGCGACGGUGGCAGCAUUAGUGAUUAGUAAAUUCCCGGUAGGUCAGUAACUGGGCCAGCAGCCAUGGACGAUGGCACAGAAUUUUACAGAAGAUCUAUACACACCAAUAAAUACUAAUCAGAAAAAUACGGCGCUCCAAAAGCGACGGAGCUAGGGUUUCUUGUGGUCUCUACUCUCCUGCGUCGUCCGCUUCUUCCCUCCUCCACCGGCGGUCCACGAGAACCCACACCAUUAUUUUCUCCUGUCUGUUGGACUGGGAGAUUGGUACCCGCCGACCCAGCGCCGCGCCUGCGCACAACGUCUUCUCGCGUGAACGCCCUGCGGACCUGGCCGGUGAUCGGGAUAAGCCACCCUGCGCUAUCCCAUGGAGCCGAUUACAACCCUGCUCCCCCGAAGCACGUCCGUCCUCCCGCCGUCGGGGUCGCACGUGAGCUGAUGCAUGCGGCCUCAGAACAGUUAACACCCAGGAACUCGGCGCAGGAAGGUGCCGCCGAGAGGAACCGAGCCGAGGGCGGAACCAGGCCUGAGCCACGCCCCGCGCCAGCUCCGAGCCUCCCAUUGGCCCGCGUGCCUGUCGGUCAGCCCGGCACCGGCCCGCGCCUCUUUCUCCGCUACCUCUGCGCGUGUGGGGCGGGUCCCCGGCAGAGCGAGCCGGAGCUGGCGCCGGCUGCCAGGAGCUCGCGGGAGGCUGGCAGGGUGGCGCCAGGGCCGAGCAUCUCCGGCUGUAGCGCCGCGGCCUCUCUGCUUGCUGCACCACCUGGCACGGGCCAGGCGUCCGGGGAGAGAAGAUGUUUUCCCGGCUAAGAGCUGUUACCACUCCUUGUACCUUGACCUGCCGCCGAGUGCACCUGAAAGAGAAGGGCAAGCCACUCAUGUUGAAUCCAAGAACAAACAAGGGAAUGGCGUUUACGUUACAAGAGCGACAAAUGCUUGGUCUUCAAGGACUUUUACCUCCUAAAAUAGAGACACAGGAUAUUCAAGCCUUACGAUUCCAUAGAAACUUGAAAAAAAUGACUAGCCCUUUGGAAAAAUACAUUUAUAUAAUGGGCAUCCAAGAAAGAAAUGAGAAACUGUUCUAUAGAAUCCUGCAGGAUGAUAUUGAAAGUCUGAUGCCGAUUGUGUACACGCCAACAGUUGGUCUUGCCUGCUGUCAAUAUGGGCACAUCUUUAGGAGACCUAAGCUGUUGUGGUGACUGAUGGAGAGAGGAUCCUGGGCCUUGGCGAUCUGGGUGUCUAUGGAAUGGGGAUUCCAGUAGGGAAGCUGUGCCUGUAUACAGCCUGUGCAGGGAUACAGCCCGAGAAGUGCCUGCCCGUGUGCAUCGACGUGGGCACUGAUAACAUGGCACUAUUAAAAGAUCCGUUUUAUAUGGGCUUGUAUCAGAAGCGAGAUCGUUCCCAGCUCUAUGAUGAUCUGAUGGACGAGUUUAUGAAGGCGAUUACUGACAGAUACGGCCGGAACACACUCAUUCAGUUUGAAGACUUUGGAAAUCAUAAUGCAUUCAGGUUCUUAAGAAAAUAUCAACAAAAAUACUGUACCUUCAAUGAUGACAUUCAAGGGACAGCUGCAGUUGCUCUGUCUGGUCUUCUUGCGGCCCAAAGAGUUAUUAAUAAACCAGUCUCAGAACACAAAAUCUUAUUUCUUGGAGCAGGAGAAGCUGCACUUGGAAUUGCCAAUCUCAUAGUUCUAUCAAUGGUGGAAAGUGGUCUCUCAGAAGAGGAGGCGCAGAGAAAGAUCUGGAUGUUUGACAAGAGUGGCUUGCUGGUUAAGGGGCGGACUGCUAGCAUAGAUAGCAACCAGGAACCAUAUGCCCAUGCGGCCCCAGAGAGCAUACCUGCGACUUUUGAAGAUGCAGUAAAUAAACUUAAGCCUUCAGUUAUAAUUGGAGUGGCAGGUGCCGGCCCGCUUUUUACUCACGGUGUAAUCAAAGCCAUGGCCUCUAUCAACGAGAGACCUAUAAUAUUUGCUCUAAGUAAUCCUACAGCACAGGCCGAGUGCACAGCCGAGGACGCGUACACGCUCACAGAGGGCAGGUGUCUGUUUGCCAGUGGCAGCCCAUUUGAGCCAGUGAAACUCCAGGAUGGACGAGUCUUCACCCCAGGCCAAGGAAACAAUGCAUAUAUUUUCCCAGGUGUGGCUUUAGCUGUUAUUCUCUGUGAAGCCCGACACAUCAGUGACACCGUUUUCUUAGAAGCUGCAAAGGCGCUGACGACUCAGUUGACAGAUGCAGAGUUAGCCCAAGGGAGGCUUUACCCGUCGCUGGCUAAUAUUCAGGAAGUUUCUGCUAACAUAGCUAUUAAACUUGCAGAGUACCUGUACGCUAAUAAAAUGGCCUUCCGGUACCCAGAACCCGAGGACAAGGCCAGAUACGUGAGAGAGAGAAUAUGGCGGAGCAACUACGUUUCCCUGCUGCCGGACGUGUAUGACUGGCCAGAGUCUUCACUGACACCUCCUCAGAUCACAGAAGAGAAGCUUCCCCACUGAGACGCUCCGGCCUUCAGGGAACCACUAUUUUUAGACAAAAAGAUAAUAUUCUCUGAGUUACGGUGUCAUCUGUGGUUUAUUCUUCCGUACCCACUUUGCUUGGCUUUUUUUUUUUCCCUGUGAAUCUCAGUUUCGUUGGGGACAGACAUGCUGGCUAUACUGUAGUGCCCACAGCCCAGUUCUGGGAAUGCGUCCGUUCCGAUGGGUCGCCUCCUGCGCUCUGCUUUAAGCUUGCGACGGUACUGUCGCUGUUAACGUGAAUGUAUCUCUCACUUCCCCCCUCAGCCCUCCAGUGCUGUGCACGUGAGCACAGAACGUUGAGAAGGAGUGAGUGCUCACCGAAUUCCAAAGAAAACUUGUCAGCACCAAGAAACUGCUCUGUUCUUGUCACUUUCUGCUCUGACGUCCCUUUGUAGUUAGACAGAUUUGGGGAAAUACAAAAAAAAACUUCCUAGAACUAAAUCAGUGCUAACUAGCAUUAUAGAAGAGUGGGAGGAGCCACUGCUGCCUUUAGACAAACUGGACUGUCACGUGCAACAGUGUACAAAACCCACUUUUAUUAAUAAAAGUAAUUCCUUACAUUUAAUUGCUUCAGUUACAUUAUCUUAUUGACCAAACAGAAACUUACGUUUGUUGAUUGUGAGAACAGUUUCAUCGUCUUUCUCUGCUGAGAAUGGAUAAUAGGUUCCGAGCUUAGUGGAGAAUAAAUAAAUGAACUAGACCAGGAAAUGCCUUCUUUUGUAUUUUCAAGACAGGAUCUCACUAUGUAGCCCUGGCAUUCCUGGAACUCACUCUGUAGACCAGGCCAGCCUCGAACUCAGAGAUCCUCCUGCCUCUGCCUCCGGAGUGCUGGGAAUUGAGGACGUACACUGCUCCCCCUGGACUGUACACCUGGCAGGAAAUGCCUUUAAAAAAAAAAAAAAAAGAUUUAUUUAUUUGAGUACACUGUAACUGUCUUCAGACACACCAGAAGAGGGCAUUAGAUCCCAUUUCAGAUGGUUGUGAGUCACCAUGUGGUUGCUGGGAAUUGAGCUUAGGGCCUCUAAAAAAGCAAUCAGUGCUCUUAACCACUGAGCUAUCUCCCCAGCCCAACCCAGGAAGUACUAUCUUUCAAUCCAAGGGUAACAUCAGUGUUCAUGAGUCAUGUUCUGAAAGAACCCUGAAGUUUGUUGGAGAAAUGUUAGUGUUUGUGGCAUUCACCUGUCUAGAUGCUUUGAGGGACAAAGUUUGUUCUUCUUUUGAGAUUUUAGCAAGCUGACCUGAAACUCACUCUGUGUCCCUGACUUUCUUCCAUGCAUGUGUUGUUAUCAUAGCCAUGAACCACAAUGGUCAGGAACAAAACUUAAAAAUGCUCACCCCAGAAUGGUGGCAGUACAGAGCGGUUUGUAGGUACAUACCAGUGUGUGUUUAUACUCUAUAGGCAAAGGGGACUUCUUCCCAUCUUCCUGCUUAAGAUUGACUUGAAGUUCUGAAGGUGUGUUCAGACUGCUUAGUGUACACGACCUUGGGUUCAGUCCACAGGGCCACCCCAGAGAGGCAGUCUUACAAUGGCAUUGCAGUUUUAAGUAUGGGUGGACACGAUGGUUAAUUUAACAUAAGUAGCAGUCUGUUCAAUACAAUAAUGAAGUAAAUCAUUGAUUGAAAGAUGAAUACACAGGUACGAGUCUAGUACUGAAGCAGGAGAAUCUCAACUUCAAAGCCAGAAUGUCUACAAAAGAACUCACAAUGUGAUUGCAAGAUGGUUCAGUGGUUAGGGCUCUUGUGUCUCUGAGCCUCCACAUUUAAGUUUAAUUCCAGGACCCAUAUGGUGGACAGAAAGAACCAAUUUCCAGAAGUUAUUUUCUGAUUACCCUCCCCCGCCCCCACUUGCCACACACACACACACCAUAAAUAAAUGAACAAAAAUGAAGAGAAACGUUUAUUUUUUUUCAUGUUUUUAUUUAAUUCUGUCUAUGAAAUCUAAAUAUUGAAUGUUACAAGUAUACAAAUGUGUUGCUGGUUUUUUGGGUUUUUUUGCUCAGUUUGUUAACGGUCGGGACAGAGGCUGAGUUACAGCACUUUUACUAAGUUGUUACUUACUGGAUGGUACAAGUCACAGCAACCAUUUUAAAGAUGGCAAGAUAACAUAUAGCCUGCUUAUAAACAUUAUCUAAUGUAAAUUUAAAUGUUUAUUAUCUAAGAGUGUGGGCAAUGGGAGACCCUGAUGGCGUCGAAUUGGGUGUGGGGGAGGGAGUUACUGGGGCUCUCCAUGGGGAAUUGUGCCAACCAAGAAGGUCAUUAUUUGGAGGAGUGGUGAUGGUGCCUCACCUGCUGGGCAAAGGAAGGGCUGGACACGAGUUUCCAGCAGUCAGGAGGAAAAGGGCCCCUGCUCUCUUCCCACUGUGAAGCAGAGCUGGGAAACUUGAUGAGGGCAUAGUCGGUGCACGGAUGGUCAGCUCUGAGGGUUUCAUUAAACCAUUUUCCAAGGGUGGCUUCCCCACCAGAAGGUUCUCUCAGAAUCACUGUGAACCCCUUAAGUGGAGAUUUCCUUGUCUUCAGAGCCCUAAGUGACCUGGGGGGGGGGGGGGGAGAAGGAUUCUGAUGGCAUCUUGUUCUCACACACUAAGGCCUUGGUGUGGGCCGGCAGGUAGCCGUGUUGCUGCUGGUACAGUUUCAGGGUGGGGUUCACUAUCUAGUGUUUCUUCGUUUCUUUUUUAUUAAAUCUUUUUUUUCAUGUAUGUUGAUUUUGUACAUUUCUCAACCUCCCAGAUCUGCCUACACACUCAACUUCUUGUUCUUUCUCUUUGUCUCUAUUUCUCAACAACAACAAAAACCAGAAAAGAUGGAAUGUCACUAGGGCAGUCCCCAAGCCUAGGAGUAGCUGGCCAAAUGCAAACACAGCCCAUGGGUUUUGUCUGGGCGUGUGUGUGCUUUUGGUUCCGGUUUUUGGUUUGGGAGGUUUUGGUGGUGGUGGUGGUGGUGGUGGUAGUUUGGUUUGGUUUGGUUUGGUUUUUGUCUGGUUGGUUGGUUGGUUGGUUGGUUGGUGAGGUCUCACGUGUCUAAUGAUCCCCUUGGUGCCCAGGCUGUUGGUGCAGAUGCAAAACUGAGCAUGUUGCAUUGCACCUUUGAACUGAGUGCUGAGAAACUGUGUGCUUCAGUUUAUAUGAAAUCAUAUAGAAUGGCUUUCAUCUAGUUGUCUUUAAUUGAUAUUGGAUAUUAAGUUAAUAAGGAAACUUUAGACAUAAUUUUUCUGAAAACAUAUAAUCUAGGAUACUUUAUUAAGCUCAUAAAAUCUAGUGACCAGGUUGUUUUGUUGUUGUUGUUUUGUUUUGUUUUGUUUUGUUUUGUUUGUAAGAGUAGCUAUCCACUGUCUAUUUAUGGAACAGUUUUCUUUGAGGAAGGCCUUGAUGAUUUUUCUCUAACUUACUGGCUUCUGAAGAGAUUUUACCCAGUUACCACUGGAUUUAGACUGCUCUUUCCAGGAGUGCAGAGUGGAGCAGUAGUCAUUUGUUCCCACGGGGAGUGGAGACGGUGCAGGGAGCCUGGCCGUGGAGGAAGUACAGAUGUGUCACAAUGGGGUCAGUGUUCUCCAGCUCUCCUAACCAAAAUCAGCCCUAAGGAGCAUUCACCAUAGUCAAGAACAUUAAUACAAACCUGAGAGCUCCCUUACUGGAGUUCCAUGUCCAAUCCUCAUUGGGCUAGCAGCAGCAUCCAGGUUCCAUUCAAGACGUGUUCCGGUGCAGACCUGUUGCUGACUGCACACAGGAGACAGGUCUCAUCAGCCACUGUGAUUUGCACUUGUACACAGUGUUAAAAUGAAACCUGCUAGCCAGGUAUGCUGCAUGCCUCUAGUCCCAGCACUUGGCAGGUAGAAGCAGGAGGAUCGGGAGUUAAGGCUAGCUUCAACUACAUAUGGAGAUCAGGGCUAGCCUGGGCUACAGGAGACCCUGCCUCAACAAAGAAAGCCCUCAAAGGAUGAGCUGAAGUUAUACACUAAAUAAGUAAAUAUUCAAAAUAAUCUAGCCUUAGAAAACCACUUCAUCUGAAGUCAAUGUCUUACUUCGUGCUUGAAGAAAGAGUGCUGUUUUUUAUUUAUUUCAAAUUUCAAGGCAUUCAGAUAAUCAAGAGGGGACAUGCGUUGUGGAACUGUCUGAUCUUUAUUAUGAUUUACUUGGAGUAAUACUUGGAUUUUAAAGCAACUACUUAAAAUUGUGUCCCUGAAAAGGAAAAGGAUGGCGUUCACAGUUGGUUGUGUUCCCUGCAUGGUUAAUUUUACCUGUGUGUCUAGAGGAAGGCCCAGGCUAGUGCGUGCAUUAAGCUAGUGCGUGCGUAUCUUCGGCUAGGUGUCAUUUCCCAAUGACUGAACUCUCUUCAUCUUUUUCUUCCAAUUAAAAAUGUAUGUGCCGUUUGCUCCUUAAGACAUUCCAUACCCUUAAGUCUUAGACUCGGAGGGGUCUGUCGGUCUGUUGGUCUGCCCGUCUGUAUCUUCAGUUCUCAGGAGUUUUCUUUGCUUGUGUGCUCAUUUGUGUGUUUGAGGCAGGGCCACAUAACCGAGUCCAGCCUUACAACUUGCGACUUAGCCUCACCUGUGCUGAAAGAGUCUGCGUACAUCCUAGAAACUUUAUUUUCUAGAAAUUCACCGAUUCUCAUGUGGUCAUUGAGUGCCACCAGUACAUCUGAUGGAUCCAGUUGGCACGUCAUGACAGAUUGACUUGUGUGACUGUGCCUGCUCUGUGUCGGGUGUUCAAAGCAUCUCCCAUGUACGCUGGAGCCCUGCAUCUCUGACCCUGUUUUACAAGCAAGGGCAGCGCCACAGGGGAGUUGAAGAGCUCUUGUGAGCUCAGCCCCUUCAGUCUCUGCAGGCAGUUCUAGCCAAGGGGACAGUCUUCUUCGCCUGUUUGGACAAGAUUAGUUCUCAGUCCUUUGGAAUGCGUUUUCCCAGUUCGUAGGAUUUUUCCCCCCUUUGUUCCUACUUAACGAUUCAAACACACUAUAAACCUCUUACUUGUUAAUUAUUAGAUGUAUAUAUUAAGUUAUUUGUUUUGAAUGUGAUAGAUUACGCCAAAGAUUCUCAGUAGCUAGUUCAAUCUUGAUUUAGUAAUAUUCAUAGAGCCACCGGCUGCCGUCACUGUUCUACAAAUCAGUGUCCUCCGCAGUCAGUCAUCCACUUUGCGACUCUAGUCCUGUCCCCGCGCCCCCAGAAGGUAUUCUCUGAUCGAAGUCUGUUAUGUGUACUUCCAUGAAGGAGGACUAUGUGCAGAAUGAAGAGAGCUAUCUUAGCUGAACAUUUGACAAAAUUCCUACCCAGUGUUUUGAUUGUACUUUGCCUGAUAAGUUUUAAAAUCACCAGAAAGUAAAACAAUUUUUACAGUUCAUGUCGUCGUCGUCAUCGAAGAAACCACACAUCCUGUGUCAUUGCUUAGCAUUUCUCACUGUGUGUGUGUGUUGGGGUGGGGGGGGGCGGAUGUGGGAAUGACAGGUUUUUCAGAGGUGAUUCCCUCAUGGGAAGAUAAAGGGGAAUGCAUGCUCUCUGUAGAGUAUUUCAUGCUGUGUUGACUUCUUACGGAGAGUCCCGAGACUGCUAUAAAGACUUGAUAAUUACGUGAACUGUUUUUCCCUUUUUGUGAUAUAUUCCUUGUAAUGAGAUGUGUUCUUAUAUUUUCUUAGUAAAAAUUUUCUUAUGUGUAAAAA